GAUAGAUAGAUAGAUGGAUUUACAUUUAUCCCUAUCUGACCACAUCGAUCACUGAGACUAAACAGUGAUAUUUUAAUAUUGAUAGAUAUUGAAAACAUUCCUAAUGAAAUUCUCUUACAUUACAGAUUCCUCAUAGACACUUCACUAUUAUACAAAACCAGUACUAAUUAAUAUGACAGAUGGCACCAUUGAAAAUGGGGUUUUUUUUGUUCAGGACUAAGCCAAUAGAAGCUGUUUGACUGGCAUUUCCAUCUGCUACUGUCCUUCUCCCCCGCUUCAGUCACCUGCCACACUGGAGUACUACCGAACCAUUCAGCUGACUCAAGCUGCUGAAAAAAGAAUAUGUUGGUGUACCAUAAAUAUCCACCCCUCUUUGAAACAGCGCUAUUUUUAGACAGGGAUAAGGCACUGGAGGAUUCUCACACCCAGCUGAAGUUCAGGCUGACAUUUGCUUCACAGUAGCUUGUGACUCUGCCUUGAUCGGACUUUGGUUAAGCUUGUGCUUUCCUAACUGAAGCCACUCCACUGUGGAUAUGUCCAAGUACUGUGACCAGGACUACUGCAUAGAGGAGAUUGAUGAAGACGAAAUUUUGGCAGGUCUUUCAGUUGAAGAGCUCCAGCAGCUUCAAAAUGAGAUGGAUGAUAUUGCGCCUGAUAAGAUGGAACCAGUGGGACUGAGACAGAAUAACGCAUCUGUUGAAGCACCAACUCAAGUGGACAAAAAAGGGGAAUCUGAGGAUGAGGAAGACAUUGAUGAAGAUGUGAUUCUGGCAGGUCUCUCCGCUGAAGAGAUCCAACAGCUUCAGAAUGAGAUGGAGGUAAUUGCUCCUGAUGAGAGAGUGCCAGUAGGGAUGCGACAAAAGGACCAGACUGAUAAACCGCCAACAGGUUCAUUUGACCACCGAUCACUAGUGGACUACCUGUACUGGGAGAGAGAAUCUAAACGUAUGCUGGAAGAAGAAAGAAUCCCUACAACCCUGCUCCCCAGUCAGAAAAAAAUGGAGGAAGAGCUGAAGAAUGCAGUGAAAGAAGAUAAUAAAAAUAUUGAAAUAGAACAUGUGUAUGAGGAUAUAAGAGAAGAUACUGAUAUAGCUGAUGGUAAAGAGGUGACUGAAGAAGCCAUUGAAGAGGUAAAAGACAAAGUGGUGGCUGUAGAAAUUGGUAAGAAUGAUCAAAAGCCAAUUAAAACAGAACCUCAAGACAGUAGCAUUGCUAUGUUUUCCGACUCUCAGCCAGCUGUUUCACAAAGAGAUAGAGAGACUGAUAGAGCUGAAUUGAAUGAGGAAGAAUCAACAACAGCUGAAACUAAGCAAAUAGAUCAGGUUCAAUGUACACCUGUUUCCUCAGCCUAUGAGAACUGGGUUCCUAAAAAAGAAGAGAGAGUCAUAUCCAAGUUGAAGAUCCCAAAGCUCGCACUUGGUGAUGGUUUGAUUAAAAAAACUGCAAGGCCAUCUGGAAAUGAUACCAAUCUGGAAAGCACUCUGGACAAAAUUCGCAAUCAUAACUCCUCUAUCACUGAUAUCAACCUAAACAACAUUGAGAACAUGCCUAAAGAAAUGCUUUUAGACUUUAUUGAGGCCCUAAAAAAGAACAAGCAUGUGAAGACCUUCAGUAUUGCAAACACAGGAGCAGAUGAAAGUGUGGCCUUUUCUCUGGCCAACAUGCUGCGAGAGAACAAGAGCAUCAUCACACUGAACAUUGAAUCUAACUUUAUUACUGGAAAAGGUAUCAUUGCGAUCAUGCGCUGUCUACAGUUCAAUGAGACUUUGACAGAACUCCGCUUCCACAAUCAGAGACACAUGCUGGGUCACCAUGCAGAAAUGGAAGUGGCACGUCUCCUGAAAGCCAACAACACCCUGCUUAAGAUCGGCUACCAUUUUGAGCUUCCUGGGCCCAGGAUGGUGGUGACCAAUUUGCUCACUAGGAACCUUGAUCGGCAGCGGCAACAAAGGAAGGAAGAGCAGAGGCUUCAGCAAAUAAAAGAACAACGUCAGAUCAUGGAGGUUUAUGAGAACCACCUGAACUUGCCGGCAGGUCUUCUGGAGAUGUUAGGAGGAUAUAUUCCUGGAAUGGAACUUUUGUGUGCUGCUCAGGGUCCUCAGCAUCUUUCACAAAGCUCUCCAGAACCCUCCAUGGUAUCAAUACCAUGUCACCAGCUGCACAAAAAUCAUCACCCUACUCGACAACAUCCACCCAGUUCAGACUCAGACUCCAGCAACAUAUUAAAAGACGUGAAGCUUAAGAAGACUCCUAAACGUUGCGACCCACUCCUGAAUUUAUCUACAAGAGAAGAGAAAAGAGAUGGGAGAGCUAAAAUUCAGUUGCGAAGCACUCCCAAACAGACCAAAACAGCAAGAGAAGGCCUUCUGGAAGACAGGGCCAACUUGAAAGAUGUGAUUAGUGCACUGAAACCAGUUCCUCGAAGAAGGCAGCCACCAAAAGUAGAACUAACACCACGUGACCUACUCCUUAAUGAAAUUAGACAGAGCAAUGUGGCCUAUUUAAAAGCGGUGCCUCUUCCCAAAGUUCUGGAAUCAAGUGAAACCAGCCUUUUUUGAUGACAGCAUGUUUUUAGACAAACUGCCCAUCUGUACCUUUAGCCAUUAUUGGCCUAUGUAGCCAAUAUUGGACAUUUAAUGCUCGUUUGAUCACAGUGUGGCCAUUAACUAGCCAUUACAAUUAGUAUUACAACAGCUGCAUGAAAUCAGCCUAUAAGUAUAUAUGUACCUUUAACACUUACAUAAACGUCUUUACUAAUCACUUCAUUCAGUAUUAGUAUCAUGUGGUAAACUUUUUGAUUUUGCCAAUGUUUAGUUAUGUUUAAUUUUUAAACAGUUCUGCAGAUAAUAUAUCUAGACUGCUUCUGUAUUCCUACAAGUUGGAUUUAAAAUAGCUAUGUUAUGAUGUGCAACCUGUGAAAAAACUAUUUCUACUUUUGUUUAUCCAAAUAUUUAUGGAGAUGAUGCUGUGUUUAGAUUCUGGCACUGAAGAAACAGAUUUAAAUUAUACCUUGGUAGAUUUAAAAACAGUUGUAGGUCUUCCAAUAUUUUUGAUCUUUGCCUUUGUGCUGUGGCAAAUUUAUAUUGACAUCAUUCUGACUAUAUGUACUAUGACUCGUAAGUACAUAGUACCAGUAAGAGACAUAUUAAAAAGGUUUAUUAGCCUCACCUUCUGGUUCCAGUAUGGCAAUGACUUACUAUAUCUAUGUGUACCUUCCUUGCCUUAUCCCUUAAUAUAUCUGCGAUGUUUAUGACACAUUCAACACUGUGAUGUACUUUGUGAAUCACGUCACACAAUAAAUUCUGUCACACAAUGAUGUACUUUGGAAUUAUGUCAAAUUCCCAGAUUAUAUGAUGUCAUAUGUUAAUUGACGCUUUCACUGUGGCAAGACGGUUUCAUAUUUCAAAAAUUUAGUAUCAUGAAUAUUUUGACAUCUUAAUAAAAAUACCAUUGUUGUGUGCAUGUCCCCAUGCCCCAACAUUGCACAUAAUGUGCUAUGAAUGUGAAAUUUAAGCCACAUUGCAUCAUGUAUUAUGGAAUUAUGGCACACUUCCUGAUGUGAUAUAUUACUUAAUUAAUCUAUAUUUUUUAUCGUAGACAUAUUGACAUCAUUCUGAUUACAUUUGGUUUGAAUGUGAUAAAUCCCAUAGGAGGUGUUAAAAAGUUGGGCAGAUACUCACUUACCAACUGGUUGCAUUAUAACAAUAAAUCACAUUGUUAUAAUAUAUAUGUGUAUAUGACCAUGCCCCAUCACUGACCAUUAGUUUCAGUAAACAAUGUUUGCAGUCAUAAAUUGGCAUAGUAAGCGAUAUGGCAUUGAAUACUGUUAAUCAUCAACAUAAUAUUGAAGGUAAUGCACGUAUAGUACAUUCAGGACAUUUAGAGUUAGAACCUGAUAUUAGUACAGCAGUAAGUGAUUAUGAUAAAGUGCAGUGUAUACGGGUGUAUAUGGGUUGUGCUUAUGGUGGUGUUAUUUGUUGGAGUUCAGUCUAACAGUCUGGUGUGGGACCUGAUGCUGCAAUACCAUCUGCCCUGAUGGUAGCAGCAAGAACGAAUGGCUCGAGUGGCUGGAUUCUUUGAUAAUCCUAUAUGCUUUCUUCACACACUGCCUAGUGUAGGGCAAUGUCCUGGGCAAAUUAGCAAUGUGAGAGAGAUAGGACAGUUGGUUGUCUAUGGUUACCCUAAGAUGAGAUCAAGUGAGAUCAAGUUGUCAAGGGAGAUUGCAAGAUCCUGAUAUGUGGAUGAAGCAGUUGUGAUGAACAGCAAUUCGGUUUUGCUUGGAUUAAUGUUCUGUUGAUGAGUUGCCAUCUAAGAUGAGUUGUCUACCAGACAUGCUAAGAUCUUAGCAGAAAACAUAGGGUAUUGGGGAGGGAAGGAAUGAGAAUAAAAAAUGAGUUGAGUCUCAUCCAUAUAGUAGUGGUAUGGAAACUUGUGAGAAUAUUGCUUCAAUUAGAAAUUGAGUAAAGAGGGAGAACAGAAUAGGAUUAAGUAUUGAGCCUUGUGGGACACCAGAAUAAAGCUGGCAUAGAACAGAUUGAUUUCUUCUUCAAAAUCAUAUACUUGGCUGCUAUAUCCCUUACCUACAUGUUUGUUCAAACAGAUAAUACCAGAAGCAAUCAAUGAAGCAUAUGGUUUGCAUGAUCUUAGUGCAGCUUUUGACACCAUUGAUUAUACUACUCUACUUGAUAGGAUGGAAAAUGUUGUUGGAGUGAUGGAAAUGGCUCUCUCCUGGUUCAGGUCUUAUUUCACUGAUUGUGAUCAGUUUGUAGGUGUGUAGAUGUAAAUUGUGAUUUCUCUAUGCAUACAUAGGUCAAGUCUGGUGUCUUGCAAAGUUUUGUUCUAAACCCACUAUUUUCUUAUAUAUGCUACCUUUGGGUAAAAUUAUUUGCAAACAUGGUAUUAGCUUCCAUGUUAUGUUCAUAACACUUGGAAUGAUGGAAAUGCUAAAACCACAACAGCCAGAAGAAAGCUUUCUGUAUAAAUAGUAUGCCUUUCUAUUUUGUCAUGUGCAGCAGGAAAAGAUCUUGGUGUGAUUAUUUGCUCCUGUCAUUCAUUAGAAGCUCAUGCAGUUAAUUUUAGUAGAAUAGCUUUCUUAGAUCUCAGAAAUAUUGCUAAGAUAAGAAAUUUAAUUCCAUUACAAGUUACAGAAAAACCUAUCCAUGCUUUUGUUACCUGUAGGUUUGAUUAUUAUAAUGUAUUACUGUCUGGAUGUUCCAGUAGGUGCAACAGUUAGUCCAUAAUGCAGCUAGGGUCCUAACUAGAACCAGAAGGUAUCUUAUCAACAGUACUGUGGCUCACUGUCAGAUUUUGCAAUGAUUAUAAAAUACUACUACUGACCUAUAUAGCAAUGAAUGGUCUCACUCCACAGUAACUGGCCAAACUUUUGUUUUUUAUUAUCUGCCACAGCUACUUCAAAAGUUGCAGACUACAGCAGGGGGCAGAGCUUUCUCUUAUAAAACCCUAGUGUUGGAACAGCCUUCCAAUUAGUGAUCAGUUCUAUGUGAUAUCUCUCUGUUCUUCAUUUGUCUGGGCUACGCUGUAGGAUGGCUAGUCAUGAGCCUUUUCUCACAAAAAAUAUCCAAGUUCAACUGAAUCACAAUCAUGUGGCCAAAUGUGAGAUGGUCUGAUGAGACCAAUUCUUAAUUCCAAAAGGUAUAAUUGGUACAAAAAAAUGCACAUCAAUUCAAUUUCAUUUGUAUAGGGCUAACAAUGGACAUUGCCUCAAAGCAGCUUUACAGAAAAACAAAAAUGUAGAAUAUAAAUACCAAGUUUUAAAUUAAAUUCAUAUUUAUCCCUAAUUACAAACACUGGCACAGCCUUAGACGACGCGAGAAAGAAUCAUUGAGAAGAACCAGACUCAAAAGUGAAGCCAUCAUUAAUUGGUUAACACCAGAGAGUGUGAUUAUAAAUAAUGUCCUCUCUUCAACUGUAUAUAGUCAAGUGGGGUAGUGUAACCAGGAGCAUUUAAGCGACUUAGAAAUUAGCAUAAUUUCUAAGUACAUUAUAGAUUUAACACUAAUUCCUUCCUGCUGAAGCCAUCAAAUGUUCAAUGAUAAAGACCCAAGUGCAAAAGUAACUGCCGAAACAGCAGUUUACUGCUGGCACCAUAGUCUCCAAGUGUUUCUAUACAUAGCAGUCCCAUAAGUCUCCAGAUAGUCCUCAUGGAGCCAUCCCUAGCAGCAAUGAGUAACACCAAGUGACAAGACUCCAACCAGAAGUAGGGCAUCAGGAUGGAUCAGGCAGGUCCGAAUAGAAGAAGCGUCACACUGGGAACUUGAAACAAAGCUGUUAACCCUCAAAAGUGUUAGCAGAAGUAACAAGUCAUGGACUCCUAAGUAUUUACUUGCUAAAGCCAGAGGUAAAGCCAUGUGCUUUGUUUGUGAAGUACAAAUUGCUGUGUUUAAGGAUUACAGUUUAAAUCAUCACUACAUGACUAAAACACGCAAAGAAACACAAGAACUAGACUGAUGCAGAGUGGCAGCAGUGCGGUCAGUGAAAGGGAGCAGGGAGGGAUGAGUUUAUGUAGACACACCUGAGAAAAAUUUGUAAAAAAAAAAAACCUUUCCACAGUCCGGGCAUCCACUUGAGCUUCCUUCAGACAUGUUGAAGCUGGAGUAAUGUGACAUAGAUGCUCUUUUAUGGUCUUGUUGGCAAGCUCCGCUUUGUCACAUGAGCUGAUGCAAAAAAAGGGCCUCUGUGAAAUUUAACUGAGGACCACUGCAUGUGCACUGGAGCUUGCUUAUACAUCUGCUAGAACAACCCGACGUAAGGCAUUACAGUAAUCCAACCUAGAGGUAACAUGAAUGAACUAGUAAUUCUGAAUCAUGUAGUGAGUUUAUAUUUCUUAUCUUAGCAAUAUUUCUAAGAUGAAAAGCUACCCUGAUGAUAUUAGCUACAUGAGCUUCAAAUGAAAGACUGGAGUCAAUAAUGACACUAAGGUAUAUUCCCGCUGCACAUGAAGAAACAGAAAUGCCAUCCAGAGUUACUCUGCAAUUAGAAACCUUACUUUUAGCUACAUGAGGUCCUAGUAAAAGACUUCUCUCUUGUCAUAAUUAAGUGAGAGAAAUUAGUAAGUAUCCACUCUCUGAUGUCCUUUACACGUUCUUCAAAUCUUACUAAAUAGUGCCUCUCAUCUGGCUUUGUUGAAAUAUAUAAUUGUGUGUCAUUAGCAUAGCAGUGGAAGCUAAUACCAUGUUUAAAAAAGCAAUGGGAACCUUGUGAAACACAGAUAAUUACCUUAGAAUACCAUUCACCAUUUACAACUACAAACUGAUAACAGUCAGUCAAAUAAGACCUGGGUCACUAGAGGGCUGUUCCCUUAACUCCCACAUAUUCUAGCCUAUCAAGUACAAUAGUAUGAUCAGUAGUGUCACUAAGAGCAAGCAACACCAGCAAGCUAACACAAACCUGAUCAGAAGCUAGUAGUAUUUCAUUUACCACUUUAACUAGUGCUGUCUCUGUGCUUUGAUGAGGCCUAAAUCCUGACUGAUACAUUUCAUCCAAGAUCCCAGAAAAGGUUGAAGUCCAGCAGUAAUGCUCAUACCUACAGCAGUAGGUAGUUGGACAGCUGAUAGGGAGUUGAGGUUGGUUCUGUAAUCAGAGGUUUUAUAAUGAUGGUUUUAAAUAUUUUGGUACAUAGGAAAUACUAAGGUAAAAACUGAUUGUUUGAAGGUUUUUGAUUGCUAUUGGUAUUAUCUGUUUGAAGAAACAUGUAGGAAAGGGAUCUAGUACACAAAUUGAGGAUUUUAAAAAGGAAAUUAGUGAAAGUAAAUCAGUCAUGGAAGCAUGAACCAGUGGAGUUUAGUACAUUUUGAGAAUCAUGUUUACUCGAGGUGGCAUUUCCUUUGCAAUUUAGCAUCAUGGAUAUCUUAUCAACAUGCUGAGAAAUUUAGUGUGAAUCAGAUGAAUCUUCCACAGCACAUACAAACACAGCCUCAUUGCUGGAUCCAUAUGCGGUGUAGAAAAAUGCUUUAUUAAUAAAACAGAAUCCAAAGCAAACAAGUUCAAAACAGCGAUGCAAAGUCAGGAAAACACAGUCAAUGUAGCCAACAAAUCCUACAAAGGCAAAAGACAAAAGAGUGAUAAAUCGCAAUGGGCAAAAAAAGGACAUACACAAUAGGAAAAUACAAACAGUUUUGCACGCAGAAUGAACUGACGAUACUUUGUGCCAAUCCACGGCAAAGCACAGAUCCGGAAGAGAAAAAUCAGAGGUGAACACAGUGACCCGAAAGACUCGGUAUUCCGGCGAGGGUUCCUUCUGGAGGACAGGAGGGGGAGCUGUGGGAGAUGUUGUAACACCAGAAUUCACAGAUAUCAAUAGCAUAGUGACCACAGUUGUACAGAAACUCAAAAACACCCCCCCCCCAAAGGACUGUAAACAAACACUAUGUGCUCAAUGUUUAAAAAAUAUAUUUUCAAAAUGCUCACACACUGUGCUACUGUCUCACAUGUGCUAAUUAGGUCAGAUGUGUUGUAGAUUUUGUAUUUAUAGUCAGGCUGUUGUUAUUAUAGUUACUGUUUGCCUGCUUGUUUACCUUCAAUAAAAUGCAUUCAGAAAUCCUUUCUGCUUACUUUUAUGAAUACUGUCUUGCUAAAAAUGUUUUACACCUAUGCAGGUACCUUUAGCAGUAGAAAAAAUAAACAUCCAGUGGUGGACA